AUGCAUUACGACGAUUGGAUUGCCGUCAAUCGCUUUGGCAUCUUGCCUGUGGAGAUGAAGAGGGAAUUUGAGCAGCAUGAGAGAGCCUUGCAGGAGCAAUCUACUCAAACAAUCCAAUCUGCGAGACGUAUUCAGGACAGUUGGAACAGUCAAGAUGCAACAAGGCAGAAGGAAAUAGAGCGUCGUUGGAUUGCUCAGCUCGAGAACGAUAGCACAUGGGACACGGGCACUACGCCAAGGCAGAUGAGUGAGGCAAAGGCACAGAUGGAGCGGGAGCAUUCCUGA